CAAAUCAGCCCAUCCCUUCAACCUCAAGGUGGUCCUCUUCCAUUAAUACUUUCCAUACCAUCCUUAUCCUACACUCCCCUUUCCCCUUCUCCCCCCCCUCUUAUCCUGCGCACACGUCUCUCUCUCCUCCUAUAACCCACAAUUCCACAACCCCAAAUCCACCUCUUUCUUUCAUACACAAGCCAUCGAAUUCAACUCAACAGAGCCAAGCACAAGCAGCAUGUCAGCUUCGGCAGUGUGGAGCAGAGAAGAAGAGAAAGCUUUCGAGAAUGCCAUCGCAAUACACUGGGCUGAGGACUCCAAAGACCAGUGGGACAAGAUUGCUUCAAUGGUUCCCACCAAAACCAUUGAAGAGUUGAAGCUACACUACCAGGCUCUGGUUGACGAUGUUACCGCGAUCGAAGCCGGGCAAGUGCCACUUCCAAACUACCUAGUUGAGGAGGCUUCACCAUCAUCAACCAAGGACCCCCAUGGUUUUUCUGGGCUCACGGCCUCGGAGAAGAAAUCAAACUGCAACUACGGCAACGGGUUUUCAGGGCUUGCCCAUGACUCAACCGGGCAUGGAGGCAAGGGAGGAUCCAGGUCGGAGCAAGAAAGACGAAAAGGAAUUCCAUGGACAGAAGAAGAGCACAGGCUAUUUCUGCUUGGUCUGGACAAGUUUGGGAAAGGAGACUGGAGGAGCAUUUCAAGGAACUUUGUGAUAUCGAGGACUCCAACACAAGUGGCAAGCCAUGCCCAGAAAUACUUCAUUCGACUGAACUCGAUGAACAGAGACCGGAGGAGAUCCAGCAUCCAUGACAUUACCAGUGUCAACAGCGGGGAUGUUUCGGCCCAACCACCCAUCACCGGCCAGCAGACUAAUCCUGGAAACCCAGCAAAUGCAGCAGCUAUCGGGCCACCGAUGAAGCAUAGGACUCCACCAAACAUGACCGGUCUAGGUGUGUACGGAGCACCGGUAGGGCACCCAGUAGCUGCUGCUCCUGCUCACAUGGCAUCAGCUGUUGGGACUCCGGUUAUGCUUCCUCAUGGACACCAUCCACCAUAUGUAGUCCCAGUAGCAUAUCCAAUGGCACCUCCAACAAUGCACCAAUAACAAUGGAUCCAACCCUCCCAUCUCUCUUGGGGAAGGCUCAUCUGUAUAGUGCAGUAACAUAAUCCUUCAUUCCAUCUCUAUCUUACCGAUCUGAUUUGUCACUGGAAUCCAUCAUCCAAAUAUACUGCUACCAGGCACUUAUCAAAGACCCAUUUCAAGACUAGGGAAAUAAGGACAUAGAAGCAAGAUCUAGAAUGUACCUAGAAUUCUCUAUUACCAGUCACCAAAUCAUCAAUUGACUGGGAUCCAGCAGGGUAAUCAACUAGUUUCAUGACCAAAAGUGCCCUAAGAAUUCAGCAAUUUCUCUUUCCUGGCACCGCAAGCAUGUGCAAGCCCCAUGGGCGAAGCAAUGUCAUUCAGCUAGGUACCCCACUGGAAUCUACCUUCCACAAUAUCUCAAUCCACAUCUUCUGGACCCAUUCAAUUAAGAACUGGGUCACCAUCCCACUAACAUAAAGGACGUUUACCACAGCAAACCCAGAUUCAGAGCUGCUGAAAUUGCAUCCUCUUGUGUCUCCUCAUUUCACCAGCAUCAAGCUGCAGAAUACUACAAACUGACCUGUUCAAUUACAUUAAUAUCUUGAUGUGUUUUAAUGUCUUAAGAAGCUUGCAACAAUUGGCUUCAAAAAGGUGAAUUCAGAAGGUCUCUACGGUCCUAUAUUCAAAAAAUGAGAGAGAGAGAGAGAGAUUCUGUUAUGCAUAUCUUUUGGUGCCAGAGAUUGCAUUUCCAUACCAAAGCAGAAACAAAAAUAACAAUGAGAGAUCUCCUGAUUCCCAUAUCAAUUAGGAAAAAGGCUCCUUGAAGCAUACUGAGAAUACAUGAAAACACACCAAAUUACAAAAAGGAAAUGCAUCAUGUUAUGCAUGUUAUGUACAAUAAGUAUUCAAAACCUCUUAACAUUUAGUUGAAGCUUCCGGGAGAAGACAUGAAACAACAAUCUUUUCCGUCCCCACUGCCACCAUAGUGGAACCCUGGCACGCUGUCUCUUUCUUGAACGUUUCUCUGCAAAAAUGAAAGCCAGGAAAAAAUUAGUCCAUGACCAAUUAUCUUUAGUACAUAUCAUCAUGCGUUGCCAGUUCCACCCUUCCUACAUUUCUGCACCAAGACUAAUAUAAGGGCUUCUCCCUAUCCAAUCACAAUGCGCAUCCAAUUGCAGAGUCCAUAUAGAAUCAGUUCUCUAGAACAUCUUUCCACAAGAACAAAAAACGUGGUUGAUGAACUAUAAUGGAACAGGAAAAGGUUUGGCCAUCAUUUAACUGCCAGAAGAGGUCAAUUAAUUUGCAUAAAUAGUUCAACUUUCAACUAACCAAUAUAAACUAAUAGAUCAACUGGAGAAUUAUAAAGAUGACUUCCACCUUGUUCCUAAAAGGAAACAUUGACCAGAGGAAUGUCUAAUUGGGAUUCUUGGCUGCUUUUAGCACAUAAGGGCUUAAAUCCCCAUUAUGCACUGCUCUCAUAAAAAAAAAUGCAAUAGAUGGAGCUCAAGUGUGUAAACAAAUAUCAUGGACACAAUGUGCGGUAGGCUUUACAUGAUAAUUCCAGGCAUAUUCAACAUUCUGUCAAAUAUCAUCGAGGCUUGAAACUAUAAACUUUGUUUUGAAUACACAUCUUGUUGGAGAAGAUUCCGACUCAUGCUAAGCAUGGACUGUCACAGUGAUGGCAGUUGCAUUCCAGUUAACGUUAUGCAUACUACAGGGCAGGACACAAUGGAAAAUAUCAUAUAGAAUAUUAUUUAUAAACCUUUAAUUACUGAAUAUUAUUUACAAACCUUUUAUUACUUUCUAUAUAGGUGGUCUGAUUCUAGAAGCCAUUGGAACAAAAUCAAAUUCUUCCUCCCCUUAUUCUUUACUGGGUAAUAUGCAUUCUUCCUCAAGGAAGCUACGCAUAUAAGGUCUUGUAUUUAAACAAGUAUCAGGUGAAUCUUAAACAACCAUCCUGCAAUUUCAACAUGGGCUUCAAUGGUUUAGUUUCUUCCCUACCUACGUUCACAAGUCGGAUGCCUUAGAAUCCAGAUUUCUUUGUACACAAAUUCUACACAACCUUUACUCCACAUACCUCAUUACUAAUUACGAGGACAAAAGCCUUGAGAGUGGAGGCAUAAUCCUCUUUAGAGAGGACGGCAGAACAGAUGCACAGAUAAGACUAAUUUAAGUUGAUUUUAUCUUGCUUCUCUUCUCCUCAAUGUAGAGUGCUCAUUUCCUCCUAUUUCACUAUUUCAUCAUCUUCUAGCGAAAUCCUCUUUGAUGUGCCAACUGGGGGAAGAGGGGGGGGGGGGGGGGGGGGGGGGGG